AUGUCUGCCUUCACCCUCUUCAUCGCUGCUUUGCCCCUCCUCGCAACCCUCGGCCGUGCCACUCCCUUGCCCGCAUGGGAAGGGUGUCUUUCCAUCGACAACGCUCCGUCUGAUGCUACCCCAAUCCCAGCAAUCUCAGCUGUCAACUGUGCCACACAAUGCUGGAAUCACAUCGAUAACGCACACUACGCAUACUGGGACUGGUCGGCUGAGGCUCAAUGCCUCUGCUCGGCUUCCGGACCGAACAUGAACAACUUCGAGAUGAUCAACGCCGACCAGGCGUUUGGUACUUGUGCAGAGGGCAUUGCAGUGUAUGCUCGACCUGCCGCAACCUUCAAGGUUCAAAAUGAGAAGAAGAGGGAAGACAAGAUGGACAGGUUGAGGAAGGCCAGGGCGACCGUCGAGAGCCUUUGUCCCGAGCCUUUGCUGGCUUGCGCUGUAGCUGGCGACUCGUCUUCCUACGAGUGCGUCGACCCCAACUUUGACCUUUACUCUUGUGGCGGCUGUAUCAACGGCGCUUUCAGCUCUAGCAAGCUAUCUUCUUCUUCUGCCCUCGACUGUUCCACCCUCACUGGCGUCACCUCCAACGCCUGUGUUUGGGGGCAGUGCAAGGCCUUCAGGUGCGAGAGCGGCUAUACUCUCAAGUCUGGCUCUUGUGUGAAGAAAUAG